GAAAAUUUCGACGGCCAUGCCGCCCCAGAGAUGCAGGGACAAGGCCAAACCGUCCGACGGAUUCACAACCCAACGCUUUCGCUUACGUCGCGCAACCCCGGAUUCUGAAUCCAGGCAGUCGGCGGAGCUUCCGUCUCGACGCGAAGGCUCGGAGAGUAGCGCGAGGGUUUCAAUACCCGCUUGUGAUCGCUGCCGACGACUGAAAAAGCGAUGUAGUCGGGCUUUGCCCGAAUGUGGGCAUUGCGUCCACGCCGGUCAGAGAUGCUCGUAUUCGGGCGGACUGGGUCCUUCUGCCGGUGCUUAUCGAAUUUUGCAAGAAAGGGUCAACGCGUUGACCCGAUAUAUCGUGGAGGUAAUGGGCCGAGAGAUGGGUGAUGUUGAAAGAGAGAUUGGGAUUGUCGAUGAUGGUGAUGGAGCGGCCCCAGAAGAGUUGAAGACGGGAGAACGCGACGAGGCUCCAUUCAACAAACGUGACACUCCCGCGCCGGAUGCAAUUGCUGCAAACUCUCACGUGGACGUUAUACCCCAGACGGCGCUGGUGGAGGCCUUCUUCCAUCAUGUCUAUAGAGCCUAUCCUUUCAUCGACAAGACGCGGAUCCUGCAUUUAUCCUCUUUGGGCUUGAAACCAAAUGUACAGGAUGGAGACUCAAUAAUCUUGCACAUAAUCAUGGCCAUCGGCCAUACGAGUCUGCAGCGCUCUGGAAAAGCACCUUAUGGAGUGUCUCCGGCGUUCGAGAUCUCCUAUUCGGACAUACUCCAACGAUGUUUCCUCCAUGAGGAUAUCGACUCCAUUCAAAUCCUCGUUCUUCUCGCACUGUACUCGCUGUUUGACCCCCUCGGGCCCUCUACUUGGUCUAUCGUUGGGAUCAUCACCCGACAAGCCAUGACUCAAGGUCUCACGCGCUCGACGAACGAAAGUCAGACGAACUCAAAAACCACUGAGCUUCGCCGACGGCUUGUGUGGAGCAUAUUCGUGCUAGACAGAAUGAUGGCAGUCUCUGUCGGACAGGCCCCCGGUCUGGCAUCUGACGAAAUGGAGGUUCCGUAUCCAGCGAUUACAGUGGAGGAAUUCGCCUCUCCCGACCGCACUGAUCUGGCUACUAUGCUCCAGGUAAGCCGGCAUGUAAUUGAGCUACGUCAGCUCGAGAGCAGGAUCCUGUCUACAGUCCAUCUGCAAAGUCGUACCAAUGUGAGCAAUCUAUCACUAUCUGAUCGGAACGCUAUCACCAGUCGGUUUCGAGCGGAUGUCGAGAACUGGUAUAGCCAUGGCUGUUUAAUUGCUCGACCAGAACCGGACAAUGUCCGACUCCACGAUACAAUGGCAUGGCUGAAUGCACGAUACUAUCAUCUUAUGCUCGUUCUUUAUUAUCCUUGCCAAUUCAAUUCACGGGCAAAGGGGUCCCAAGAGCCAGGCCUAUUGCCUCUAGUCAGAAAGUUCAUGCAGUAUAACCAAGUGCUUCUGGCCAAUCGGCAGCUGCCUCUCAAUCGUGUCACAUUAUGCCGUCUUGCACCAAUUUGCCUGAUCUUAAUCCACUGUUUCUCCUGGGGAUGCUACAGCUCCUUCCCGGGCAAGGGGGAUGUCAGAACAUGCAUUGACAUCCUGAGGACUUUCUCCGAUAAAUGGGAGAUGACACGCACUCUUAUUCAAGUGUUGACCGAAUUCGAGGACCUAAUAUCCGACUACGAGGCGAGCUUGAUGUCACAGGCUGAUUCCCUUCACCCCUGUGCGAUGAACCCAUCCCAUCAGGAUUGGCUACGGUCAGUAUGGAAAUCGCUCUCCGAUCUGCUGGGUAAGAUUAUGGGCAAGACGAGCUGCUACCUUAACAUUCUAGAAGACUGGAACACACAGGCACCAGAGCCCAGUUACUAUCCGCGUGCCGGGCCUGAGUCACCAGUCGUUGUUUCGCCAUCUUCCUCAUUCUCACCCCAUCAAGGAUAUCAUUUCUCUUUUUUAUGAUUCCGCGCAAUAUAAUGUUGAAUGACUCGCACUAUCAGACCCGUUAUUCCAGUUUAUCAUCGAUCAUCCACGCGACAGGCCUCUGUUAUGUUCGAACAGCACAAUUGCCGG